GAAAGCUGAUAGUCCACCACAUAAGGCACUGCAGGAAAUAGUCCUCAACCAAACCUUCCUCAAGAAGAUUCCCUACUAUGUAAAUUUUCGCAAACUGGCAAGCUUGAAUCCUUCCACAAUAAUAUUCUGAUGUACUGUUCUAAGCGGUUUGCCUACAGUGGUCCAGUGUACAAGGCACGAAAUCAGUUGGCAGCAAUUGAUUACACAAAGCAUCUUCACAGGAAACAGCGGAAAAAUGCUCAGGGAAAGCUCCAGUACCACCGAGUCUACUCCAAGCACAGCAAGACUUGGGUAGUGAAGCCUGUUCUGGAAACCAAAAAGUACAUGUACAUCAAAAACCUGAUGACAAGAGUAUUCCAAGGCAGACUCAAUGACAGCGAGCCACUAAGCCGGAAAUCUGUUAUCCCAGAGGGCGAUGCUAGACUGAUUUCUACUACAAUUGCUCCCAUGCCUCCACCCCCAACAGAACAAUUGGUCAAACAGCGUCAGACAAGAUUUCCCAAAAAGUGAAUAACAACAUGAGUUGCUGUGCCAGAAAGAUUUAUAUUCAUAUUUGGGGAACAAUACUACACCCAACAAAGCAAUUCAAGUUAUUUAAAGGGGGGG